CUGACGAUGCCUUAAUCGGAGAAGAGGAUUAGCGAUCAUUUGGUGAGAGCAACUAAAAAUGAACUGUUCGACACACCUUUGACAGGUUUUCAUCUAAUCGAUUUGUACAUGGCUUCAGCUUUGCUCGGCAUUAUUUCUUGUAACGGCCUGAAGUACAGGAGUUCGAAGAUGAUAUGAGGUGACAUCGACCCGUACCUGUAGAAGCUGCCGAAGCUUCGCGUAUCAACACAGACUGCUUAUUCGGUAGUUCUCCCUAGUGCCGGACAUGUUAAUUUUAUUAAACGCUUAAGCGACGACCGAACGUCGACUGACGAAAAUCAUUAAAGAGAUCGCAUACAGGAACCACCAGUGCGCCACUGCCAUAUAGCAUUGCUCCAACCAACACGUCUUACCGGGCCGAAGAUUCACUCUGAAGAUGGAAGAGCAAACAACUUACAAUCAGACUUCGCUAUGAAGGGUGCGCACCAGUCAACGAAUGUCUUAACAGCAGUCGUUCCCGAAGCAAAUGGCAUCGGUGGGUAACUGCGUGUAAGAAGUCGGGUGAGAAAAACAGCAACAGCUUGCCGAAUGCCCCUGGUAGGUGGCAAGCAUGUCCCGCAUGGGCUAAACGCCUCUAAGUUGCGAGGAGAACCAUUUCGCUGCUAUUAGAUGGGGCGGGCGAUGCAUCAGCACUUUGCGACAAAAGAUUUUGUAUUCUGCAUAGCGAUUAUUUUCGUUGCCUUGAGACGUCCGUCCGUAUAAACUCCAUUGAUUCUGAUAGGAUCCAUAAGAAUAUAUAAGGAAGAGCUUUAAGUGCGUAUUGCGUGCGUUUAUUGUAAAUCGAAAGCGAUGCAUGAGAAUGGUGGUUAUCUCUGAGUAUCGUCGACGUUAUUGGUGUCAGUAAUUAGAUGACGACUCGGGCUGGCGGUGUUUGUGCGCUUGACAAAUCUAAGGACAACGCUGUUCCACUAAACAGACGAGAGAGGAAUCAAACAAGCCUUACACACUUCAUCACCGUAUGGAUACUGAUCUGGUGCUACUACUAGAUUUAUUAACGUUGCUGCGAAACUAUAUGUUAACUGUUGUGGAAAAUUAUCGAGCCAUGUUUGUUUCUCGUACACGCACGUUCUUCGAGUGGCUUCUUAAGGCCUGUUUACAUCCGGCCUCGGUCUGUUCACUGCGAGAUAUCCAAGAAUGGCUUUUCGUUUGGAAGUGCUACUUUACAAAUCUGCUUUCAUUUAACACAGCGGAGAAAAAUGAAAAACUACUCGAGUGGGUUCGUUUGCGGGUCGGCCCCAAGUUGCAAGCGUCCGAUUUCGGAGCCUCGUGGAGAUCGGGAAUUCUUCUUUGUGCGCUCGUCGAAUCCAUCGCGCCCGGCUCCUGUCCGCGUUACGACCUCCUUAACGAGGACAACCGUUUCGGCAAUGCCCAGCUGGCAGUACAGCUUAUCGAAAAAAUCAACCUUCGGCCGUGUCUAACAGCUCAGGAGCUGUCGAACGACAAUGCAGAUAUCGAGAAGCCUUUAAAGGCACUUCUGGCUCAAUUUCGAAUGGCCGCCGCUAAAAGAAAACUUCGAAGCGCCGUGAAAAGUCCAGGAGAUGAGAAGUUUCUUGGUGGGCAAGGUGGCGAACUUUUUGCUAAAGGCAUGGGCCUGAUUUUUGCUGUUAAAGGACGAAAGGCUUCGUUCAACAUCUUCCGUAGAGGACAGGGCGCCUUUUCGUUCGUAAUUGAGAUACAGGGUCCAGAGGGAACGUUGGGGUCAGCGCUAAUUACGCACAAAUCUGUAGCGCGGAAUCCCGGCUCCCUUACGCCGGCAACCCCAACCAACUCGAGCCCUUCCGGAUUAAAGCGACAGCUCAGCACAGAAUCGAAGACGAUCGUUAUCGACUAUGUGAUCACAAACGAGAAAAUUUCGGUAACUUACACGCCUGUGACCAGCGGCAAACACACGCUCAAUAUCGUCGCACAGGGUCAGCACAUUUUGAGAAGCCCGUAUGAUAUUUCGGUCGACUGCAAUACGGCCGAAGUAACCGCUAAGGUCGUCGAAACCCUGUUUCGUCCGAAAAUCAGCGCCCUGCAGCGACUUGGCCGGCGGUUCAGUGGAACCAAUCUGAUGGCAUCGCAAAAGGCUUCCGAAAGCAGCGUUGGUAUUCCCUUUCCUCACGCAGAAGUCACCGGAAAAGUAGUAGCAAAAAGAGUAAUCAAAAGGACAAUACUUGGUUCUAACAUUGUAAUCCAUGGGGACAACGAGCAGGAACUCGUCCGUGCCCUUAAGGACAUUUCAAAUCUGAACCCGAAAAACCGUGAAAGACUGCAGCAGCGUCGGCCCAUGGCUCCUUUGCCAUUCGUCCUUCGGCCCGUCGGGGAGCUACGUAAUCCGCACACUAACAAAGUACGUACCGGACUCGAUCGUAGCAUCUCCGAGUGGUCAGAACACUCUUCGGCCGACGACAGCUUACCAGCAGUCGCCCACACGUCGCCCAUUUUCAUAAUGCCACCGCGGUCAGGAGAUGUCGCGGCCCACGAGGCAGCACUCGACAGAAUCCAGGUGAAUCAGCGUCUUAUCAGCGACGAGAAUAGUGCUGACGUUAAGGCCCGCAGAAAUCGGAUCAUAAACAGAUUUGACGGAAGAUCUGGUAGUAACGGCAACAGCAUCAGCUUGAGUCAUACGAAGGCAGUGAUUCCGUCGCUUGGAUCGUUGGCACAGACGCAGAAAACGUCGGCUAGCAUCUUCAGCGAAGAUGAGGCAAAUAGCGAGCGAUGGUUAAAACGAAUCGAAGGAAUUGACGCAGUCGGUGCUGUCCGGCAAAAGAAAGGCUACGUGAAUAACAAUGCGAAGAUGGAUGUUGUACAUGACCACGGGUUCCUUAUUCGAAAAAAAAAUAUUACGCUGGAUAUUGUUAGUGAGAGCCGAUACGUUUCAGACAAGAAAGGUGCCGAUCGUGACAGUUCGAAGUUAGGAAUGGGAGAUUCCACUGUCGAAAAGAUGGAUUCCGUGGCGACAAUGCAGGCAGUCAUGACGACGGCUGUGCCCUUAUCGAACUCAACUAGUAACAAAACGGGCAGUUGUCUGGCCCAAGAGAGCACCGAGUCGUUGAAUGAACGAUGUCGCGAGGCUGAGAGACGUGUGCUCUGUCAAGCGGAUUGGAGAAAUAUGCGAUUGAAAAGCGAGUGGCACUCCACUCCCGAGACAGUCCUCGUUAGGACAUCUGAUGAAUCGAAGUCUAAAUCAAUCGACCAAAAGCAACGACAGGACGGCCCAUUUGACGAGCAACGCGAAGUGGAUCAGGACUCGCGAAGUGAACUCACAGAUUCGCGUGAAGUACACGUUGGUUCUGAGAGCGAUGAAAUCGAAGACCGGAUGAACGAAAUCGAUGGAGAGGUUCGACAAAUGGCUGUCAGCUCCAUGCUAAACAAAUUCACACACUUCUCACCGGCGGCUUCGCCAGAUAAUUCGACCUCAGGUUCGUCCUCGAAUUGCAGCGAUUUGGCCUCGCCUGUUCGAAGUAGCCCAUCCAUGUUUGGUAUGCCACCGACUAAAAGUUACCACCAUCUGCACGGCUACUGAUCGACGUGGAAUAAAGUCGCUAAAACGAUCACUUCAGCAAUGUUGUGAGGCAAAUUACGGCAGCUGUACGAUAUGCGGAAUAGUUACAUCGUCAAAUAUUCCAAAAAAACUAAAUACCAAAGUGCCUACCUCACUCAGUAUCCAUUACCCUUUGCAUUUGUCGAUUCCACUAAACCAUUUGUAAACUCAUCGCUCAGCCUAUAACAUCUCACCUGCUUGUAAAAGUCGUGUUUUAUUGCUGAGGAUCCCCUCAGUCCACGAAUGUGCCACCCUCUAGUCAUCAUCCAACAUUUGUGCUUCACAGCCAAAGCAGCAUCACGUCGGGCAGCGGCACGCCUUCUGAGCUCGAAGACGCGUCCUUUAUCGUCGAAGAUCUCGAAGACCAGAAACUUCUUCAAGAUACCUUUACCAUUACCUGCCCUGCCGCCCUUGCGCUUUUUCACACCUUUGUCGCCUAAUAACAAUAGGAUAAUAAUAAUAAUAAUAAUAAUAAUAAUGAAAAUUAUUAUACGAGCAAAAGUAAUGAAUAUGGCUAUACCGUCUUAGAUGGGCCUGAUUUACGCGAAAACCAAGUGCCCAGUUGCCGGUCACGGACGAUGGUGCAAUUCGACACAGUAUUUACCAAUGACGAGCUCCCCGAUUUGUCAUCAGUUGACAGCGACAUUGUGACGGGUUCAACAGCGUCACUGCGUACACGAGCUUGUAUGUAAAACUUGCUCCAAUUGAAAUUUCCUUUGGAGACCCUCAUAUCAAAAGCGUCUAUGCCUUUCUAUGGGAUGUCUACGGCGAAGACAUUUUUAGGCGCAGACGCUAUCCCAACUAGUUCAGCAUCGAGUGGGUUAAUUUCCCGUACGGGAAAGUCUCAAACUCGGUCACGAUUUAACGAUGAUGAAAUGCGGGUGUCACCGCAUCGGUGUAUUGCCACUGGUAAUGCACUAUAUUGUGGUCACACUCGGCGGGCCCUGUUUUCUAGGUGCGGACCCUCCACGCUGGGGAGGGUUUCCUUUCUGUUACCAUUCAGGGCCCGCGUAGAGAGGCGGCGCUUAAGACCCGCGUGAUCUUAAUCGAUCGAGGCCUGUUGCGGGUUCACUUCAAGGUGCGACUCGCAGGCUAUUACGUCAUCGUGGUAAAAUGGGCUGCCAGGCAGGUGCCGGGAAGCCUGCUUUACCGUAGAAUUGCCGAUCAAUAGGUCGUAUUAUAAUACAUUGCAUCAAAAAACAGGGCACAAGAGGAUGGAAGGGCUCCGACCUGAUGCCAAGUGUUAAAGCUUUCAAAAAUACAUGCCUACACACAACCAGGGCGAUACACAAUAGUCAGAUACUGACGUACCAUUCUCAAGGAUAAUACAAAAAAAUACAUACAAACAGGUGUCUACAUUUUUAUUCGAUUAUCUAGGAUAUUUUGAAUAAUAAUAACUAUUGUGGUCAAAAGAAAUGGCCAAUAGAAGGGUGAGUAGCGUUCUCUUCUGGCUAAGUAUGAUUGUUGCCCCCUUGUAAAAUUGUCAUGCAAUAUAAAGGAAAUAGCCGAGUUGACGUGACAUUACACCCCUGUGUCUGCGGGGGUCUAAGGGUUAGACGAUGGCGUAAAAAAAAUGACUCAUACUUGACAUGUAUGUACGUGCAAAGAAAACAAAUAGUUGGUGCAAACUGAAUAAUAAAUGUUCUUAUUCAGCUUGAAUAUCAUCAUUUAGUUAUUAUCAUUACUUAUCGAUACACCUAGUAUUUCUGUGACAUCGGCAACGUAAAUACGUAUAAGCGUGUCGGCAAAUUUAGUUUGAUUCACCCGUUCCUACGUACAGUAAGCCCGGGGCAACCAAAAGCAGAAUAUGCAGCUAACGUUUGACUCUGUACAGAGGUACAGAGCGAACUUCGUGCUAUAACGAAUGAAACAAUGGUCACACGAAUAUUUCAGAAAUGAUUCACAGCCUGUAUCUGUCCUGUGUGAUACGCGUUGUCUGCGUCCAUACUAAUUUAUUCAUAACAUCGGAAUGUAAACAAUAUUCAGCCUGAUCUUAGGACAUCACUUACCUAGAGCCCUGUACAAAAAGUUACAAACUGCGUAAUGCAUAGCUAGAAGGAGCUGCCCAACUUAAUUUGUCAUAUGCUUAGUGUUAGAAGAACUUCUAACUUCGUACGUGUUCAUGCCGAUAUUAGAGCCGCAAUAUUUUCACGCAUCGCAUUUUUAAUUUAAUACAGGCUAUCCAGAUUGGCAAAUACGGAAUCAACAGUGGUGCAGCUUAGACUGAACAUUGUGUUUAUUAACAACUAUUUUAUAUAAAUGAGGUGUCAAUUUGUUGUCUAAACAUUUACCUUGCAAAAUAUUCGAAAAAUGAGAAAGAAAAAAAAAAGAGGAUGACUCUGCAUACAUAGAAAUAUCUAUAAAUAGUUGCGAGGUAUAUUAAGACGAUCUAUAGAGAAUAUCAUUUAUAUAAUAGUAUGAUAAACUGUACUUUUUGAAGAUACGCGCAAUGUUACCUUUACCUAGCAUGUCUAACCUGUUUAGUUAGUAACACGAAUACAAAUGUAUUAAUAACGACAGCAUUUUUUCAUGACGAAAAUGUGAUUGUUUAAGUCUGUGAUUUUUUUAUUGAAUAAAUGUACAUUUUUGAAGGGGUAAAAGCUUUGUGGACAAUUUUUUCGCGUUUGUGGGAAAAAAACAAUAAAAGAAAAAUAUUUUAUAAAACGCUCUAUAAUGAGGCAAAAUAACAAACCGACAUAACUAACAUUGAUUCCGCUAUCGAAACUCCAAGUUGAAGUUGCCGUUCAAUUAAGUGUAAAUGUAUUUAUGUACGCUUCAGCGUAUAAACAUAUAAACACGUUGUGUUGUAUUUAUAUGUAAAUAUACAGAUUUAGGUAUGGGAUACAGGCGUUGAAGAACAGCGCUAAAAAAUCAACUAAACUAGAAACAAAAAGAGAAUCAGUGAUAUCUCUAUGCAAUACGCAUAAAUAAAGCCCAUAUACAUAUGUAUGCAUAUAACCAGAGAUAAGUGUGAGUUUUCUUAAAUAGAAUACUCGGGACGCGUAUACAAAUCGACUAUGCAGGUGUGUCCGAACAGAUAACACGACAAAUCGCAAAAAAUUAUGGGUAAAUAAGAGGUAGCUCAAGUUUAAAUUUUUGUGUUUAUUUUGAUCUUCAAUAAAAUAUCGUUUAAAAUA